CUACUACUAGAACUAGGCGGCCGGGUAAAAUGACUUUACGGAAACGGUAACCAGGGCCGGCAGACAGCUGCUUCCAGGAGUUCUUUGACGUUUUGCUGACGGUGGAGCUCUGGACCAAUGCGGCGCGCCUUCCGGUUUCGUUCCUUCUUGCGGACUUCUUCUUUAGCAAAGUUGCCUUUGACUCCGGAAGCGAAGUUUUUCGUGUUUCUCUCUCCCGCAAUAUGGCAACGGCGGGGAACGAGUUGCUGCUAGCGCGGCUCCCCGAGCUGUUCGAAACCAGCACCCAGCUUCUGGACGAAGUGGAAGUAGCGACUGAACCCAGCGGUUCCCGGAUCAUCCAAGAUAAAGUGUUCAAGGGGCUGGAUCUCCUUAAAAAGGCUGCCGAAAUGUUAUCGCAGCUCGACUUGUUCAGCCAAAACGAAGAUUUGGAAGAGAUUCCUUCCACCGACCUGAAGUACCUGAUGGUGCCAGCAAUUCAAGGAGCGCUCGCCAUGAAACAAGUCAACCCCAGCAAGCGUCUAGAUCAUUUGCAGUGCGCUCGAGAACACUUUUUAAAUUUCUUAUCUCAGUGCCAAAACUAUCACGUGGCAGAGUUUAAGCUGCCCAAAACCAAGAACAACUCAGCUGAAAAUAACACUGCUAGUUCCUCGGUGGCCUAUCCUAGCCUUGUUGCCAUGGCAUCUCAAAGACAGGCUAAAAUAGAGAGAUACAAGCAGAAGAAGGAGGUAGAGCAUAGGUUAUCUGUGCUGAAAUCUGCUGUGGAAAGUGGUCAAGCAGAUGAUGAGCAUGUUCGUGAAUAUUACCUCCUUCACCUCCGAAGGUGGAUUGGUAUCAGCUUUGAAGAGAUUGAGAGCAUUGACCAGGAGAUAAAGAUCCUGAAAGAAAAAGACUCUUCAAAAGAGGCAUCAACUUCUAACUCAUCUCGUCAGGACAGGCCUCUGAUGAAACCUUUCAUUCUCACUCGGAACAUCGACCAAGCCAAAGUAUUUGGAGCUGGUUACCCAAGCCUGGCAUCUAUGACAGUGAAUGACUGGUAUGAUCAGCAUCAGAAAUAUGGAACAUUGCCACGUCAGGGAAUAGCCAAGGCAACACCAGUAGAGCAACAGGAAAAUCAGGAACAGAAGAAGGAGGAAGAUGAUAAGCUGACACUCCACAGAGCUCGGGAGUGGGAUGAAUGGAAGGACACCCAUCCUAGGGGCUAUGGCAACCGACAGAACAUGGGUUAGUCUUCCCACAAUCAGACAGGACUGCAAGGACUCCUAUCUUCCCUGCCAAGGAAAGCUGCAUGGUUUUUCCCUUCCCUGGGCUUCUGCUUCAGCUUUGUACAUCGUUGGAGAAGAAGAUGCUUAAUCUUGCUCUGCAUUCAGUAAAGUGUCAAAACAAUUGUGUAUUUGUACCCCAGAUGAUGAGCCAGCAAUUGUGUUUGGAUAUCAUCAUCCUCAUCAUGGUGUAUUCCAAUUUCUUAAGUGGAAAGAAAUGAGUCCUGAUUAAUGGCUCUGUAUAAUCAAUAGCUGUGUGAUUUCUCUUUAACAAAUAAGUCCUUUCUAUUAAUGAACCUGUGCAGAAAUAUGGGUAUCAGCUGCCUUUUUUAGGUGAGGAAAGGGUCAGCUAUGAGUUCCUAGCCUUAUGGAGAGACUCUGAUCAUCUCCCUCUGCUCUGGGCAAUAAAUUUCCCAGCAUACAAGCUGCCCAGAGUGGCUAGAGCUUGCUUUCUCCUUUGUACAUGAGCACUGUGAACCCAACACUCUGCUUUACAAGGACUGAGCACAAAAGCCAGGACGCUCUGCCACAUGGCACUGUUUUCAGGAACUAGAAUUGUAAAUGAACGCACCGUACCUGUCCCAUCUACUGGUCUUCCUUGUCCUGGCCAGAAGAAAUGAGGGCAACCGGAAAGUGCUGGGAAAGCCAUCCUUGUGUGUGUACCUGAGGCCAGGGCCUUGAGUCUCAGAGGACUGUUUGCCAUAGCCCUUAGGGGGAAGAACAGCUCAGGCUAUAGCCUAGCUCCUAAAUGGACUGCCCUCAGACCACUGUGGCAUAUGCUGCCUGUGCUUUGUGCCACCUGGCACCAUCUGAAGCAGUAAGUGUGCCAUGAUGGUCACUUUGCCGGUCAGUAAGGUGCCUGCAGUCAGGUGGAUUAAAUAACUGGAUGUGGAGGAGGAGGAUGGCACAAGUGACCCUGAACAGUACCUAUUUUCUGCAGUAGAAGACAUGCCCCCAGUUCUUGGGUCAUACCCUCAAAAAGCAGCCAUAUGUUGGCAUGUGGAGGUCACAUGGAAGACAGUGUAGCCUAGAGAAGACAAGCAGUGACUCUGUGGCAUCUUACUACACUGAUGGGACAGUGACUGCAGUGGGGUAUGGAUGGGGACUUGAUAAUAUGGGUGAAUGUAGUAACCACAUUGUUUUUCAUGUGAAAUCUUCGUAAGUGUCUAUCAAUGAUACCUUAAUAAAAAAUAUAAAAUAAAAUAAAGCAACCAUGUGUUCAGAUGA